GAAUAAUUAACCACCUUUGCAUGAUAUGCAAAAUAAGCUGAGACAACUGUGCUCAGUUGCACUCUAGUAAACCAGAAGCUUUCAUCCGGUCAUGAGUGAAGGAGUGUCUACUAAGACAGUACUCAUUCCACAAAAUGGCUGUGAAUAAGACAGGUGACUGCCUGGAGAUGGAUAACACCCUGCAAAAGUAUUACCUUUCUACCAUGUAUACCAUUGAGUUCAUUUUUGGCAUCAUCGGAAACAGCAUUGUUGUCUUUGGCUACAUAUUCUGCCUGAAAGUUUGGAAAAGUGGCAAUAUUUACUUAUUUAACUUAUCAUUAUCAGACUUUGUAUUUCUAUGCACACUUCCAAUGUUGGUGACAAGCUACUCCAAAGAAAAAUGGAUAUAUGCUAACAUUUUGUGCAAAAGCAACAGGUUCAUGCUGCAUGUAAACCUAUACACAAGCAUCCUUUUCCUUACUUUUAUCAGCAUUGAUCGUUAUAUGCUCAUUCAAUAUCCUUUCAGAGAACAUUUUCUACAGAAGAGGAAGAUAGCUGUUGUUUUCUCUGUUGCCAUAUGGAUCCUUGUUAUACUUGAACUGGUACCAAUAAUCACCUUCAUAGAAUCUAAAGAUACUCCCGAGGGUAACCAGUGUACAGAUUAUGCAAGUUCUGAAAAUCCAAAAGAAAACCUGGUCUAUAGCAUGUGCCUGACUCUUCUGGGGUUUGUAAUACCUCUGUGUGUUAUGUGCUUCUUUUACAUGAAGAUGGUUAUCUUUCUUAAGAAACGUAGAGAGCAGCUCACAGCUGCUCAGCCCCUUGAGAAACCUCUGUCUUUAGUCAUCAUAGCACUGGUUUUCUUUUCACUAUUCUAUACUCCAUAUCACAUAAUGCGCAAUGUAAGGAUUGCCUCCCAAAUGGAAUCCUGGAAGUUAUCCGUGUGUACGCAGAACAUCAUCAAGACCAUUUAUAUUAUCACAAGGCCUAUUGCAUUUUUAAAUAGUGUAAUUAACCCUGUCUUUUAUUUCCUAAUGGGUGAUCACUUCAGGGAGAUGCUGAUGACUAAAGUAAGACAACUCUUAAAAAGGUUUACACCCACAGCAAAUGAAGCGAUGACAAGGCACUCGGACACAGGAACACCCUGAGGAAUAAAGGACCCUGGUUUAUGGAACAGCUUUUACUGCUGUAUAUUGAGGCUUUAUGUAGCGAGCUUCAUUUAGGGUUGGUUAGUACAUACAAAAUGAAGCCAUUACUAAGCAACUGCAUAAUAGACCUUAUCUUACUAUCUUUAUUCAGGCAAAACUCUCACUGGCUUCAAUAGCUGGUUAUGUUAAUAAGGGUCACUGGACUGGACUGCACUAAGUAUUGCUAUAUGAUAGAAGAAUAUAAUAUUUAUGCACUUGUCUGUUUUUAACUUAAUGGAAAUCUAAUGUCUUGAUGGCGUCUGUCAGAGGGCAGAGAAAAUAUAUGCAGUGGUGUUGUAGCUGUGUCGGUCCCAGGACUUUAGUGACUAGCCUUUCAGCUGGCCUGGCAGACAUAUUCCACAUACUGACCGAGGGCGGACCUUACGCACCUGUGACAUGUGUAGCAGAACUAGACCCCGCACUCAACAUUCACCUCAUGGCCCUCUCUUUGUUCUUGUUUCACACUGUUUCUGGGUGGCUACAGACCAUUCACCUUUAAGUGGCUGAGCCACUUUCAAUUCUUGGUUGAACUGUGGGGGGAGUGGUGCAUCCCAGGAUGGGCUCAAUAGUUUUAUAAUAAAUUAUCAUAUGUGUGGGUGUUUGGUAUUUGUUGAAUAACUAAAAAAUGGUGAACCUUGCUUUUGGAGCCCAGGUAUUAUCGGAUACCUGACUUGGGCUAGAGAAGUCCAAAUCUCAAGCCAGACUUCACUUUAAUGCACUCCACAGGAUGAUGAAGUACUGUACAUAAAAAGAGGGUUCCUAUUGGGAACCAAACGACCUGGUUUAGGAUAUGGCAUCUCACUGUUGAUAGUUGUGGACCCAUAAAGCACUGGGGCUCUAAGAGUUGUUAUGCCAGACGAGUUAAAUCCUUAUUGUGGUAUUCCUCGGGUGACGCUCCAGUAAGUAAGAAUGUCAAGGUAUGGCCCAAAGUUUGUUUUAUUUUGUCAUCUGAUAUAGUUUGUGUAUUUUUAAAAUUUGUUUCCUACCUGCCUGAUAAUAAAACAUGCAGCAUGUAAAGUUCAAAAA